AUGCACAUGAAAUUCUUGCUGGCCUUUUGCUUGAUCCUUCUCUUCUCAAGGACUCUGUGUGAUGCUCGCUGUUACCUUAGACCAGCCAGCAAGUAUGGGUGCCUUUCAAGCAGAAACCUCUAUGUUUUUGGUGCAGUGUGGAAGACUGAAGAUUGUUACCAAUGCAGGUGUAAGAUGAAUGCAAUGAUUUGCUGCAGCUUGGUUUUAAUCCCCAAGAACUAUGACAAGGUGAACUGUGUUGGCCUGUUCCACAAGAAAAGCUGUUCCAUCCGAGUGGUGAAGAAGACAAAUCCUGAUAUAAGCUGCAAAGUCUACAAUGGAGCUGGUUAA